AGGGACUUUAAGGUACGAGUACGGCUACGAGAACGGCGACGGUAGAAAACAAUGGAAUUUAUUUGAGAAUUGAAAGACUGCACGUGAAAAUGCGUUCUGUCUGAUAGAUUUCCAACCGUUCUGCGCCAAAACACGACGUGAAAUUCCAAGUUUUACUGCCUGGCGACUACGUGGUCGGUUAAGUAUAAAUUCGCCUUUCUCUGUUUCCUAUUCUAGAAAUGAAGCUUACAGUUAAUUUCUGUUUGUUCAUGAAUAUAAAGUAUAGGUUAUUUCAUCGAAACUAUUGUGGAAUUUGUCUACAAGCGUUAAAGUGUUAUUUCGGUCACUCCGUCCUAGCCGUUGCCAUUGUGGCCCCUUCUGCUAAUUUCCUUAUAAAUUUUGAAAAUAUUGGACCAGCCUCCACUGCAGCCCGGCAUUAACUUUUUGUUUUACCUUUUUUGUCGUGAAGUCAGGUCGUUGUUGGUUUAUGGCCUCUUCACCAGGAUAGUUCUUAUUAAACAAGCUUUUGCGAAACGAUAAAAAAGUUGCAAGACGUUUGCCGACCCACCAAAAGAAAAACGUUUACAUUUUUGUUUUUAUGUUACACAAUCAAAUUCGUUAAAAAAAAAGAAAUUAACGUUUGUAAUCCUUUCUCAAUAAAUAUAGAAUACUUUGAACUUACAAGGGUGGCAAAAUUUCCGGGAUAUUUUGGAAAAUUGAUAACUGUCGACAUUUAGCAGCAUAUUGUAGAAAAUUCUUAAUUGCCACUAAAAUUACGAUUCUAUAGUGUACAUAGUCAACAGAAAACAUCAACUGAAUCUCAAUUCAGAUUUGCUUGGCCUUUCUCAACAAAUAUAGAAUACUUUUAACUCACUAAGUCGACAAUCUACUAAGUUUUUGGAAUACAUUGAGAACUGUCGGGCAUUAAGUCCAUUGAGAACCUUUCCCGACUGUCGGGCAUAUAGCCGCUGCGUUUUUGUAAAAGCUCAAGAAAAACUCACGUAAGCGAUGAACUAUAAGCACGAAAUGGGCUUCCUGUGUAAAAUAUUUGAAACGUAUCAGUUCCGCACGCGCUUUCUCGAAACAAAUGUUGACGUCAUUAAAAGAUUUGAAAAUCUAACGGAAAAAGGAAUAUCGAUGAGCAGUUUCCUUAGCUCAAAAUGAACUCUUUGAAAGAAAAAAUGGCGCAGCUUAAAACGCGAUUAGAUGAGGCGAGAGAUCGAAAAGAAACCGCGGAAACCGAAACGGGAACCGCAAAACGCCGAGCCGAAAAAGCGGAAGAACGCGCGUCUGCCCUAUACCGCCACAUCCAAAUGACAGAGAUGCAAUUUGAAAAAACAAUAGCGAGACUGGAAGAGGCUCAACACAAGCUGAAAGCGGCGGCUACCGUAAAACAAGAUAACAGGGAAAAAAUAACAGUGUUGGCGCAGAAAGACGAGUGUGAGAACGAGUGUGCUGAUGAACUGGAAGAUAAGGUGCGAGAUGCUCGAGCCGCGGAAGCCGACGCCCAGUUCCGCCAUGAGGCGGCUCGCCGAAAAUACCAAGUACUACAACACAAAAAGGCACGUAUAGACAAAAGGAUCGCGCAUGCGCAAAAUGCAGAGACCGCAUUAAGCAAGAGAGUCAGUGAAAUAAACUCAAAGAUGGAUAACCUCAGUAAACGAUGCGAAGCUGACAAGGACGAAGAAUUGAGCAAGCGAAUUUGCUGGCUUAAACAGCGGUGUAAUGAAGUAGACAUGCGCUGGGAGGCUGCGAAGCGGAAAGCUCAGCGCUUGAUCCAGGACCGCGCGGUCAUGCAGAGCGAGAUUCAAACGAUCAAAGAAAAGCAUGCGGAGGCAGAGGAGGGAUUGCACAAAAUAAUGUCUGAGCUGGGCGAAAUUUAGCAGGCUUUGCUGCACCAUAAAAUAAAGCUCUUAAUGUUUUGUGCCUGAUGCUGACACUAUCAAAUACAACUUUAUUCCCGAAUAUGUCGACUUCUUGAAUUAGCUUAUUUUGGAAUCUGGCAUGUACAGUGUACAAUAAAAGCGCAUAACUCGAAAUCCCA